GCUGGCCGGGCGGCCAUGCUACGGCUCCCCCGGGGCAUGGUGGCGGCGGUGGGACCGGCUGAGCCGAGUCGGAGACGGCGACUGUGACUGCGGUUCCGGUUCUGGGACGAACGCGGCGGCGCCUGUCACGGCAGGCGCUGCGGGGCGGAGCCGGGGCGGGGCCUCGGGGACACGCCCCCGGCCGGAGGCUCGGGACCCGGGGCCAGGCUGCACCCCCGCGGUUCACCCGGCCUCUCCAUCCGGCAGCACCCGUUGCCGGUGACCCUGCGCUCUCCCAGCUCCUGGCCCAAGCUAUGUGCGCCAUGGGGACACGGGCCGCUGUCGUAGGGCACCGAGGGCGUACGCAGGAGCGAAGGGCCUGGUCCUUCAAAGACCACCGCGGAGCUCUGGGAGUGGAGCUAGGGGCUGUCCCGCGCUCGGGAAGGGGGGCACUGGGAGGCCGGGCCCUGCCCCUCCCCCUCCUAUCGGACCGGGCUCGCUGGCUCCGGCGUGGCCUCAGGGUCGCGGGUGGACUGGGCAGGGGAAGAAGCACCCACCCUCCGUGACGGUCCCCAGAGCUCCCGCCAGGGGGCGUCCGGACCGCUCUCGGACUCCUUCCCGGCAAAAUCACUGCGGGGCGCGGGCAGCCCCCGCUGGGGUGCGACGAGGCCCCCUGCGUGGCCCUCCACCCAACUCGACCCCCUGCCCCACGGAUGCAGCGCCAGACCCCGACAGCGUUUACGCAGCGUGUCCCUCCCAAAGGCCGUAACCUAGAGGUGUUUGCGCAGGAAGCCCUCUGUGACCAGCCCAGCUUGCUGUAACCAUGGCUCUCCACUGCGGCCUGCAACGUGGGAGGUUGUUACUUGAGCUCCCAUGACAGGUGGACUGCGGUUGCACAAAGCAAGGCCAUGCUCCCCUGGAGGCACUCAAGACCACUUAAGGAUGCCCACCGCCGCCACCCAGUGAGGAGGGGGCCGCAGCCUUGGCGUGAAGCUCCUCCCAGCAGCCCGGCACCUGCCCCGACUGCCCAGGAGGCCCCUCAGCCUGCCGCCGGCCCCAGACCUCCCCGCUGCGGCGUGCCUGACCCACCGGACGGGCCAAGCGCCCGCAACCGACAAAAGCGGUUCGUGCUGUCGGGUGGGCGCUGGGAGAAGACGGACCUCACCUACAGGAUCCUCCGGUUCCCAUGGCAGCUGGUGCGGGAACAGGUGCGGCAGACAGUGGCAGAGGCCCUACAGGUAUGGAGUGAUGUGACGCCACUCACCUUUACCGAGGUGCAUGAGGGCCACGCUGACAUCAUAAUCGACUUCACCAGGUACUGGCAUGGGGACAACCUGCCGUUUGAUGGACCUGGGGGCAUCCUGGCCCACGCCUUCUUCCCCAAGACCCACCGAGAAGGGGAUGUCCACUUCGACUAUGACGAGACCUGGACAAUCGGGGACAACCAGGGCACAGACCUCCUGCAGGUGGCAGCCCACGAAUUUGGCCACGUGCUAGGGCUGCAGCACACGACAGCUGCUAAGGCCCUCAUGUCCCCUUUCUACACCUUCCGAUACCCGCUGAGCCUCAGCCCAGAUGACCGCAGGGGCAUCCAGCACCUCUACGGCCGGCCUCGGCUAGCCCCCACCUCUAGGCCCCCAGACCUGGGCCCCGGGGCCAGGGUGGACACCAACGAGAUUGCACCUCUGGAGCCAGACGCCCCACCAGAUGCCUGCCAGGUCUCCUUUGAUGCAGUCGCCACCAUACGCGGCGAACUCUUCUUCUUCAAGGCAGGCUUUGUAUGGCGGCUGCGCGGGGGCCGGCUGCAGCCCGGCUACCCUGCGCUGGCCUCGCGCCACUGGCAGGGGCUGCCCAUCUCCGUGGAUGCAGCCUUCGAGGAUGCCCAGGGCCACAUCUGGUUCUUCCAAGGAGCUCAAUACUGGGUAUACGAUGGUGAGAAGCCAGUCCUGGGCCCCGCGCCCCUUUCUGAGCUGGGCCUGCUGGGGUCCCUGGUCCACGCCGCCCUGGUCUGGGGCCCCGAGAAGAACAAGAUCUACUUCUUCCGAGGCGGAGACUACUGGCGCUUCCACCCCAGCACCCGCCGUGUGGACAGCCCCGUGCCCCGCCGGGCCACCGACUGGCGAGGGGUGCCCUCUGAGAUCGACGCUGCCUUCCAGGAUGCUGACGGCUAUGCCUACUUCCUGCGAGGCCGCCUCUACUGGAAGUUUGACCCUGUGAAGGUGAAGGCCCUGGAGGGCUUCCCCCGCCUCGUGGGCCCUGACUUCUUUGGGUGUACCGAGCCUGCCAAUACUUUCCGCUAACCACGGCUUGGAUGUCCUCAGGGUCGUUAACCCCUGCCAGGACACUGACAUCGGUUGGAGACCAUGGCCAUCUUUGUGGCUGUGGGCACUG